AUGGUCCCACACUUCAGGUCCCCCCACACUAUGGUCCCACACUUCAGGUCCCACCCCACACUAUGGUCCAACACUUCAGGUUCUCUCCCCACACUAUGGUCCCACACUUCAGGUCCCCCACACCAUGGUCCCACACUUCCAGGUCCCCCCACACCAUGGUCCCACACUUCAGGUCCCACCCCACACUAUGGUCCCACACUUCAGGUCCCCCCACACCAUGGUCCCACACUUCAGGUCCCCCCACACUAUGGUCCCACACUUCAGGUCCCACCCCACACUAUGGUCCAACACUUCAGGUUCUCUCACACUAUGGUCCCACACUUAAGGUCCCCCCCACACUAUGGUCCCACACUUCAGGUUCCCCCACACUACACUCCUCCCAACUUCAGGUCCCCACCCCACACUAUGGUCCCACACUUCAGGUUCCCCCCACACUUCAUCGUCCAGCUGACUCCGGCCCCACCCAAGAAAAAUACCCGGCCAACUAAGUGUCUUCCAGAAGUUUGUGUGGCAACAUUUACCAAUGAUAAAACUUUUAUUAAGAAAACUGAAGCAGAAAAACCUUGA